UGUAGUGUCGCUAGUUGAUGCUGGUAAGCUUCUGUGAUUAAAUAUUCAUGUACUUUUCCAAGCAAACAAGUCAACGAGGAAUGUUUUCACUGUAAACAGAUUUUAAAUCAGUUUCUCUUGGGGCUCACUUGUUCUGGUGAUACAAUGCGAUUUUGUAAUUGUCCCAUGUGAGUCCACAUCGACUGCGAAGCCUGUGUUCGUUCAUACUCGAUUGGUAGAAAAAUGUCAGAAAAUGUUCUAGGAAUGUUACCGAGCCAACCCGAAGCACCAGCAGACCGGACAUGUCCAACUAUUGCUGAAUUUUAUGCCGGAAAAACUGUGGCGUUGACUGGUGGGACUGGGUUUCUGGGUCAGGGGGUUAUUGAGAAGUUACUGAGGUGCUGUCCUGAAAUAAAAAAAAUAAUUCUUUUUAUUCGACACAAGAGAAAUGUGGAACCAAAAGACAGAUUAUCUUCACUUGUAGAAUUACCGGCAUUUGACAAUCUGUGGCAACUUCAACCAAAUUUCGUAGAGAAGCUUUCUUUCGUGUCAUGUGACCUUGAAGCAGAUGACCUCGGAUUAAGCAAAGAAGAUCGGAAAACUUUGCAGAACGAAGUCAAUGUGUUUUACCACUCAGCUGCUACUCUUAAGUUUAACGAGCAACUUAGGUUAUCAUUUGAGGUCAAUGUCCAAUGCGUACGUCGACUGUUGAAACUCUGCAAAGGAAUGCACCACUUACAUGCUUUUGUACAUGUAUCUACAGCAUAUUCACACUGCAAUCGUUACACAAUCGAUGAAAAAGUUUACGAUACUUCACUUGAUUAUCACGAUCUCGAGAACUCGUUUCGAUGGAUGAAUGAUUCCAUGGUGGAAAAAAUAACUCCCGAUGUUCUCGGCAACAGGCCAAACACAUACACGCUAACAAAGGCGUUGGCAGAAGACGCUGUGUGUCGUGAGUCAGGAAAUCUUCCAAUCUGUAUUGUUCGUCCAAGUAUGAUCAUACCUGCAUGGCAGGAACCAAUGCCGGGUUGGUGUACAAACCUGUACGGACCAACUGCCUUUUUUGUGGCUUAUGGCAAAGGCGUGCUUCGCUCCGUAAUUGCAGACAAGAAAAUUGUUGCCGAUCUCAUUCCUGUUGAUCUUGUUGUGAACGGAGUUAUUGCCGCUGCGUUGAAGACAGCUGUUGAUCACAAACUUGGUGAACGAUCUGGUAGCAUCGACAGCGGUAAACCUGCAGACGCUGUUUUCACUGAAGAUGAAAUGGAUGUUUCAUCUGACAGCGACAUUGAAGCGAUGGUGUCAAUCAAACAUUUGGUUCCAAUCUACAAUCUAACCACCGGGUGUCACAAUCCACUCUAUAUUUCUGACCUGGUUACUUUUGGAAAGAAGUGGUAUUCAACUUAUCCCCUUGAUCCACUUAGAAUGCCUUCGAUUACUGUAACUUGCAACAAGUACCUCCACAAUGCUUCCAUCAUAAUGUUACAAACCAUACCCGCAUAUAUUUAUGAUAUGGUGUUAGCGGUAUGCAGCAAACGAAGAAAGAUGGUAAAAUUGAACAGCAAACUAAAUGCUGGUAUGUCAGUUAUGGAGUAUUUCUUUACAAACGAAUGGCGUUGGAAGCAAGAUAACACAACAAAACUACAGAAGUCACUCACCCCGAAAGAUCAAAAAAAUUUUAAUUUUGAUGCCCGUUGCUUCAGCUGGUCAGAACAAAUCAAACAUUAUGUCAUCGGGACACGGCAGUUUCUUGUUAAAGAAAAUAUGAACGAAUAUCCAAAGGCGAGAAAGGCAGUUGAUAGGUUGCGUAUGAUGGCAAGGUGCGUGAACAUUGUAGCAGCGAUUGGUAUCUAUGGUGUGCUAUCUACUACCGGCAUCACAAAGUUUUUAUGGCGGGUUCUCACUUUUCUUUUCUCUGUUCUUGGCUUUGUUUGACGUUAAUGGCUUUUACUGUGCUUUCUUUUUAUUUUGCCAGACUAGAGAUUCCUUUAUACCCACAUUUUAGGAAAUGUUUUGGUUUGCACAAAUUUCUUAUUUUAACCUUCACUUUAUUAAGGACUAAUGCAAUAAAGAUGUUAUUUAUAAAAGAGCUUGUAACUUUUCGUAUUGCUUGUUAUUCGUCAGUUCAUGAAGUUAAUGAUAAUAAUAAUAACUUUG